AUGCAAAAAGAAAUAGAAAGUGUAUUAUCUGAAUUUAGAAGACUCGACAGGGAAAAACGUAAAAUCUUCUUGCUGUCUCUUGUUGAAGAAUGUGACCCACACGAAGUAUUUAUCUUGCAACAAGUAUUGAAAUUAAAAGGCUUUGGUGCGUUCGAUAUUAUCGGAGCUUUACCCCCCGAACUUUCAGUGAAAAUAUUAUCAUUCCUUGACGGUAAAAACUUAUGUGCCUGUCGCGAGGUUUGUAAAACAUGGAUGAAUAUUACUAAUGAAUCUGCAAUAUGGAGAUUAAAAUGUUUAGAGAUGCUAGAAAUAGAUAAAGGUGCUAAAAUAGCACAAAAUAUGAAUAUUCCAAAAGAAGGAUGGAAAAAAUGGUAUCAACAAAAAUAUCGAAGAGAAGUAAAUUGGAACAAUGGACGAGUUCAAACAAUAACCUUUCUUAAAGGUCAUAGAGAACGUAUAUCGGAUGCUAAAUUAAAAGAAAAUAUUUUGGUAACUGGGUCAGCAGAUAGAACGGUUAGAAUUUGGAAUAUCGAAACAGGAGAAUGUAUUCGUACAUUGUGUGGAAACUCUUUUAGUUGCGUGGAUUUCUUACUCGAAGAAAAAAUAGUAGCUGCUUCUACAUUUUUUCGUUCAUCUUUCAUUUGGAAUAUGGAAACUGGUGAGCUAUUAAGGGAAUUGAACGGACAUGUUAGCGCUGUAAGAUGUAUUAGUUUAUCUAAAUCAUAUGUUGCAUCAUGCGCAUUCGAUGGAAGCUUAAUUGUCUGGAAUUGGGAGACGGGAGAGAAAUUAGCAACCAUACCAGCAGAAGCCGUGCAAAUUCGAAUAUUUGAAAGUACAAUUUUGUCUCUUGGUAGUUCAAGUAUCAAAGCGUUUGAUAUACCGAAUGGGAAUUGCAUAUUUUCAGCAGCUUUUAAUGAAGGAUUAUUAGGAUGGAGUUAUAUUCAAAAUUAUCUUUUAUCAAAAGGUGCGGAGGAUUCAAUGAACGGAUUUCCUGAUCAGAUAGUAUCAUCAUCAAAUAUCUUAAAUAUAAUUAGUCUUUGUUCAGAUUCUAGGGUUUAUGAUUUUGAUACAAGAAGAGGAAGGAUGAUAAGUGUUAAUUCUGGUACUUUGCAAUUGAUUUUACUUAAUGAGACAAGUCGCCCUAUUGCGACGCGACCGCACAGUUUGUGUAACGUAGAACAAAGUCAACCCAAGGAAAUAGUGUAUCCUCAAGGGCCAUAUAAAUCUAUUCUUAGUAAAGAAAUUUUUAGAACCUUAAAUAUGGAUAACCGACGUAUAAUAGUUGGUUGUUUAAGUGGAAUGAUUGCCGUUUUAGAUUUUGAAAAAUAA